GGUGUCACCUGGUAACGUACACUCGUGUACGCCCUAUAGGAGCGCGCACUUUCCUGCCUCUCACCUAAGCCCUGAUAGCAGGUCGCGUAUAAAGCUGCUGCCUUGCCGCCUUAAAGUCCUCUAACCACCAACCCCGCCUUCUCCCCACAAGCGUAGUUCCUGAGUCCAAUUUUUUCAACCCGAGUCCUGCUUCAUUGAUCUCAGCAUGUCGGAAGAAACUUCUACCAACGUCUACCAUGGCUCCUGCCAUUGCGGCGACGUUCAAUACCAGCUCCGCCUCACGCUACCUCCCAGCUCGGACCCUGAUCCCUUCGUUGAAGCAGUCCGCAUCUACAAAUGCAAUUGCACUACAUGCCAGAAGAUGGGAAUGUUCCACUGCCGCCCGAUCAACUCCUAUAGGCACUUCAUCCUCACCUCUCCGGCAACCAUCGACGAGCUCGGUGACUACCGCGCCUUCUCUGGCAAGAUCGGCUGGUACUUCUGCAAGAAAUGCGGGUGCCGCACCUUCGGCAUGGGCGGCGUGUGGGUGCAAGAAGAGGUAGACGUAGAUAAGUGGGCGGGCAGAGAGGGUGAGGGGAACGUGCAGAAGGUGUGGAGGUCUAAGCCUCAUGAGAGCGCUUCUUCUAUUACUGGGAAACCGCUUCACUAUGUGAGUGUCAAUGCGGUUACACUUGAAGGUGUCGAUCUGAAAGAGUGGUAUGACAAGAAGUGGAUUUUCUACGCCGAGAACAGGGAGAGGAAGAAUGGGACGCAGAUCCGUUUGUCGGAUCCCUAUGAGGGUGGCUGCUACUGAGGCGGUGGUCCCGCCCGAGGACUUCUGGACACACUUUAAGUCGCCUUGUCACCCGGUAUUCCUCUGUGGACAGUGCAGAUACGCACUUUCAGAAGAAAGUACGAUCAACAUCACCAGAGGCUCACGAUAUUCAUGUUUUAAAUCAAGUUUAUUACUAAUUCCAAAAG